GUCUCUCUUCCUCCUCUUCACUCUCUAUCCUACACAGCAACAAUCACCGCUACCAAAAGCUAAAAAGAUAUAAAGACCAUCCCUCAAAGCUCGGUGCAACGACCCAUCACCACCGACCGGAUUCACAUUUCUCGAUUUCUUCCAAACCACCGCCCACCGCCUUUACUCCGGCAGUUUUCCGUCCGACCGAGCUACAUUCGCCGCCGGAAAAGGGAACUCCACUCCUAGCUGCGCCUCCAGCUCAGCACCUCUCUCUUCAGCGGCUACCACCGCCGGAGCUUGCGCGUAUCCAUCUAUCGCGGCGGUGAUCGAGGCAUUUGGAUUUCGUUUCUGGUCAACCUUACAGAAGUUUGAGUCUCUUCGAGGCGUGCUAAGCACCCGAUUUCUCCCUGGCUUGAGUCUCCCUGUUCGUAGCUGGCAACGGUUGCGUCAAGUGGCAAUGAGGAAGGAAUAAAGGUAGGCAGGGUAGAGCUCCCUUGAUCAUGAGACUAUACAAUCUCUAAUGGGUUGGCUGAAAAAAAUAUUUCGAGGCUCCAAACAUAAGAUUUCAAAAGGUCAAUGUGAUUGGACUUACGAAGGGCACAGAGAUGAGAACCAUCCAUCUACUUCAUUGGACUCAUGGUCGGAUGCUGAAGAUGUAAGUAGUGGUAUUACAUUAUCCUUAUCAGAGGAGGACCAUAGAGGGAAAAAUGUAAUUGAUAGUGAACCAGAGUUAAACAAUGAUGAACAACUUGCCAGAGCUCUACAAGAUAGCUUGAAUGUUGAAUCUCCACCUUGGCAGGGAAACCCAAAUGGCAGCUGGCAGGGAUAUGGACAUAGUCAUGGUCAUGGUCAUGGAAACUUCUAUCAACCUUUACCCUAUCCAGCACACUAUAGUUUGCUGUGUGCUGGUUGUAACAAUGGGAUUGGUCAUGGACGCUUCUUGAAUUGCAUGGGUACAUUUUGGCACCCAGAGUGUUUUAGAUGUCAAGCCUGCCACCAUCCAAUAUCUGAUUAUGAGUUUUCUAUGUCAGGAAGUUUUCCCUAUCAUAGAACUUGCUACAAGGUACAUUAUCACCCGCAGUGUGAUGUCUGCAAACACUUUAUCCCUACAAAUGCAGCAGGACUGAUCGAAUACCGUGCACACCCUUUUUGGUGUCAGAAGUACUGCCCUUUUCAUGAGCAUGAUGGAACAGCACGGUGCUGUAGUUGUGAGCGGAUGGAGGCACGGGAAACAAGAUCGGUCACACUUGGUGACGGUCGGAAGCUAUGUACGGAGUGUUUGGACUCGGCAAUUAUGGAUUCAAAUGCGUGUCAGCCCCUUUAUAUUGAUAUACAAGAAUUCUACGAAGGGCUGAACAUGAAAGUGGAACAGAAGGUCCCUUUGCUCUUGGUUGAGAGGCAAGCAUUGAACGAAGCCAUGGAUGGAGAGAAAUAUGGGCAUCAUCACAUGCCUGAGACCAGAGGACUCUGCCUUUCUGAGGAACAAACCAUCAGCAGCACUUCUGUAAAUGGCGCCAUAGACAUGCGGACAGAACCAUAUAGAUUGACACGUCACUGUGAAGUGACUGCAAUUCUUAUCCUGUAUGGUCUUCCUAGGCUUUUGACGGGAUCAAUCCUAGCACAUGAGUUGAUGCACGCCUGGCUUCGACUUAGAGGUUAUAGAACUAUGAGCCAAGAUGUAGAAGAAGGGAUAUGUCAAGUGAUGGCUCAUAUGUGGUUGGAAUCUCAGAUUGAGUCACUUUCGUCAUGCUGCAACGAUAGUGCCUCCUCAUCAUCAAACCAUGGUGAUGUUGUGUACGAAAGGAAACUCGGGGAUUUCUUCAAACACCAAAUCGAAUCUGAUACCUCACCCAUUUAUGGAAACGGGUACAGAGCGGGUAAGAUGGCGGUUCUGAAGUACGGGUUGCAGGGUACACUUGAACAUAUUGGGAUGACUGGUACCUUUCCGUAUUGAUAGAGGUAUAGUGAGUGAGUGGUCUUUUGUUCUUUAAAUUAAUUGAAUUAAUUAAUUCCCUCCUCCCCUGGUAUCGAGAUUGGUCCAUUUUUAUUAACAUAUGGGCCAUUCUUCUUGUAGCCAUUGGUCAAAGUCAGGGGCAAUCCUAACAUUUUGUCCUAUCCAUAUAUGAAUGUAUCAUUUGGUUCAGAUCAAUGCAAGAAAAAAUUCAGUAUUUUUUCGACUAUGAACAAAAAUAUGAAGUGCUUUGUUGAUGAAUUUGCA